AUGGCGAUCCGAAUGAAUCGCAAACAGCGAUUGACCGCGACGAUAGCCAUUUCGUUCUCCUUUUUCGUGGCCGAACUCAUUGCCGGAUUUUACACCCACUCUCUCGCAUUGAUCGCUGAUGCGUUCCACUAUCUGAGCGAUUUGAUUGGAUUUGUGGUGGCCUUGGUCGCUGUCGUGGUGUCUGAGGACCCAAAUCCACCACCACAAAAAUUCACAUUUGGAUGGGCACGUGCAACGCUUCUGGGGGCGUUUUUCAACGGCGUGUUCCUUUUGGCGCUCGGCGUCAGCAUUCUGGUUCAAGCUAUCGAACGAUUUGUCAACGUGACCGUCAUCGACCAGCCCAAGGUCAUUCUGAUCGUGGGAUGCAUUGGCCUAGGACUGAAUCUCCUGGUCUUGUCGUUUCUUCAUGAUCAUGAUCACGAUCAUGGUGAUGGCCACGGCCACGGUCACGACCAUGGACACGCACAUGCGCACGAGCACGACCAUAGUAGCAGCCAUAGGCAUGAAACCCUGCACGAGGAAGACGCUGCUAACAGGAUAGAUGAUGGAACGGCGCCUGAGGCAGAGGCUCGUCCCACGUUGGCAUCCAGCGGUCACCACCAGCACAGGCAUGUAUCAGUCUCGCCAUCUCGCCCUAGCAGGGACUUGGGGAUGCUUGGCGUUAUGAUCCACGUAGUUGGUGAUGCCAUCAACAACAUUGGCGUCAUAGCAUCGGCCCUUAUUAUCUGGAAAGCCCAAGGGGAAGCACGAUACUAUGCCGACCCUGCCAUUGGCAUUGCCCCUAAUGAGAUAGAGAUUGAUGACAUCAAGCACGAUAUCAAUAAGGUCCCUGGUGUCGAAUCUGUGCAUGAACUUCACGUCUGGCGACUAGAUCAACGCAAGUCGAUUGCAUCUGCACAUGUUGUCGUUGACGGUAGAACCGUCCGAAGCUUUGCAGACACGGCCAAGAUCAUCAUGGAAUGCCUCCAUGCGUACGGCAUCCACUCGGCAACACUGCAGCCAGAGGUACUGCCUGCUCACCAGCAGCAGCAAGCUCAAAGCUCAUCCGUGUCCCCGAACUCUGGUACCGGAACGCCGACUCAACGGCGACGUGAUAACGGCGCUGAUUGCCAGAUUGUAUGCGGAAGCCAGUGCGGCGAAAUGAGAUGCUGCACAUCGGUACAGCUCUCUUGA